AUGGAGUGGACAAAUCAGAGGACAACAGCCAGAGCACUGAUUCAAGAAUCAUACUCUCGCAGAAGAAAUAAAUGGUCAGCCGGGAGCAUAUUCCAUAACCAAUAUCACAAAUGGUUUCGUGUUGCUGCCAGCUUGUUGCUGAAAAAGAAGUCUAGACUGGGCAAUAUCCGGAAGAAAUACUCUGCAAAACCGUACAUAUUCCUUUUUUACAUAGAUAGCCUUUUGCUACCUGAAUUCCUCACUGCUGGCGUCAAACUACCAUAUGUACUGUACAUACAGGCAUUAUUGUCAGUAUCAGGCAUUUAA